CUUUUUAAACUCGAUUAAAACAUAGAAAAAGGUAUAAACAAAGAUCAAAAGAAAAGAAAGGGAAUGAAUCACGCAAUUAAAUUAGGUCGAUUGAGCUCACAAACUUUAAUAUUAUCAUCAUCUUCUGGUUUAUCAUCAGUAACUAGCAGAAAAGGAGUUGGUAGUGUGAGAUUGGUUCAAGUUAGUAUUGGUAAAGAUCCUAAGUCUGAUUUUCGCAACAUGGACAAGAACACCAAAAAUCCUGAUCAAGAGGAUAAGGAUGUAACUUGUUUGCACGUGUUACCUUAUAACAGGAAUGCGAUGGAGGAGUCAUUUGGACAAGGAUAUUCUACAAGGAGUAAUGACGAAGGGUUUGGAGGAAUUUACGGUGGCAACGACGAAUUCGCCGAUGAGGCCGGCAAUGCUGAGAUGAAAAUCACUCAGAAUCCUGGUUUUCAUGACAGCAACCAAGGGAGUAAAUUGAAGGAGAAAGAGAAAGCACGUAAUCAAACCCAAGCAAAGUAGAUUACUAGUACUAGCUACUUUUGGGCUUUAGGCACAAAAGAUCAGAUCAACCAACAUAUAAAAUCAAGCAGCACUUUUAAAUUUUAAUUAAUGUGCCUCAAGAUUAUGCUGUUGUAAUUUGUAUUGUUAAUUUUGUUCUCCAAAAUAUAAUUACAUAAUAUGCUGCGGACUUAUUAUAUCUAAUGAUGUUCCAAGAG